UAGAAAGUCUGAGAGACUAUAAUUGGAUGCCACUGAUAGGGUUAGGGUUAGCAGUGAUAGGGUAGCAGUUUAUGAGCGUCUGCCUGAUAAAUGUUGUUUUCUGGAGGAUGACCAAGCUGCUCGACCUGACAGUAGAACAGAGAAGAGCAGGAGGAGGUCGAGUGUGACAUCUAGACUUUCAUCCAUCCAUCCAUCCAUCUAGACUGUAGAGGAGAAGAAUUCCCACUGAGAAGACAAGGGCCAUCCAUCCAUCCAAUCCCCACCUUGGCCUCCGUUGGUAGCUGUCCUGGAGAGGAGUGGAAGAGGAGGAGACAUGAAGAGACCUCACGACUACAGCUCUCCGGACACGGACGCAGACGAGCUCAUCGACGUGGGACAGGAGGACAGCUACUGUCCAGUCUCUGGCUCCAUGUCACCUGGCAGCACAUCUCAGAUCUUAGCCAGAAAGAGGAGGAGAGGAAUUAUUGAGAAGAGACGUAGAGAUCGCAUCAACCACAGCCUAUCAGAGCUCAGGAGACUAGUCCCCAGCGCCUUCGAGAAACAGGGCUCUUCCAAACUAGAGAAGGCUGAGAUCCUGCAGAUGACUGUGGACCACCUUAAACUGUUGCAUGCUAUGGGUGGUAAAGGCUACUUCGAUGCGCGUGCCUUGGCAGGGGACUAUCGCACGCUGGGGUUCAGAGAGUGUGUUGGGGAGGUGGUUCGGUACCUGAGCUCUCUGGAGGGGCAGACCCCCGACCCUAUGGGGGCGCGCCUAGUGUCACACCUGUCUCAGUGUGCCAGCGACCCGCUCCUGCUCCAGACACCAACCUCUUGGGCCUGGCCUUCCCUCCCCCAGCUGGCCCCACCCUCCCAAGCCUCCUCCCUCCAGGGGGGCCGGAGGGGGCCAUCUCUCCUGGGGGAGUACCCCUCGCCCGGUUCCCUGCGGCUGGCUGCCCAGCAGGGGGCGUUGCUUGGCCCUCCUGUUGCCUCCCUGGCCAGUGUCCGCCGGGCGCCGUCUCUCCCCUCCCCCGCACUCUCCCCGCCCUGCCCCACCCACAGACAUGCCCCUCUCCCCUCCCUCACCCCGCCCUCCUCCAGUCAGAGGCACACCCAGCACUCUCCCAGUGCCCCUAGAGCCUCUCCUCUCUUCCCCUCCUCCUCCUUCUCCCCCUCUGCCCCGCCACAAGUCUCCUUCAGGCCCUUCUCCGCUCUGGGCUCUCCCAUGGGCCAACGCAGGGGCGUGGGGGCGGGGGCCCAGUCGGCACAGGGAUAUGGGACCGAGAUGAUUGGAGCCUUCUAAUUGGUCCACCUGGUGACUGUCUCCAGACAUCCUGUUCCUGUCAGACUUCACUUGACCAUGAAGAGAGAGACCAUGGUCAUGCU